GAAGCUUCGUUGCUCCCGACUGUCAACUGACAUUGUUUCGGCUCUGAGGACAAUUGCUUUUGCUUGACACGAGCAUUCGAUGGUGACAGCGUGUUUGCACGCCCUUGAGGCCAUUGUCAUACCCGAACUUUUUGUCUCUCAAGUAACACUUAAGGAUGGGGACGUUCAUUCUGCUCCUCCAUCGCCAGCUAGUCUGUGGAUUCAAUUGCUCGCUAUCGCUAUCUAGUGCUCUCAAUUCUUGCUUUCUGCUCUGCAUCAACCUUCGCUUUCUUCUGUAGCCUUAUUCUCUUCACGUCAUAUCCCGGCUCGAUUUGUUCCCCGCACGUCUACACUCCGAAUCCAGUCCUAUUCUACUCUCCAAGUAAGGCUCCGAAUCAGUUUCCAGGGGUUAUGACUAAUCUUGUAUGCAGUUCUCUGUAAUCUUAACAUGUCGGCUCAGGUUGUCUCCAUGAACACUGCCAGGAAAACACCUGUAUACCCCUUCCUCUCGCAGCCCCCUCCUCAAAAGAGGCGACCGACCCAACCCCUUCCAUCUCCUCCUACGAGCGUAUGCGCUCCCGUUAUUGGGAGACGUCGCUCUGCUACGACGUCAGCUAUAACUGCCUGGGUUGCUGAAGUCAUCCCGGGUUCACCUGCACCCUACUCUCCUCGUCGUAGCCCUUCAUCCUUCUGUAGCUCUCGUCGGCCUUCCCUCUCACGAUCAAUUGGUCGACGGCCUUCUAUUACCUCUGUUCGCGUCUCCUCUGCAUCUUUCUUACACUUCUCGGAUAGCCCUACCACCGCCAGUCGGAUUGCAAUUACUCCUUCUGUGAAGGACUUUACGACUGCCGAUCUUGCUCUGGUUGGGUACACUUCUGUGUUCGUCCAGAUCCCUCAGACUCCCAUGUCUGCAGGUGCGCCUGCGAGACGACGCUUGAGUCCUCAACACAUCCUUCCCAUCCCUGUUUCUCCUGUGAAGGGUGCAACAAAGUCACUUAAGCACUUCCGAUCCCUCACUUCCUUGAAGCCUGCACGACGCACACGUUCUCGCUCCAACGCCGCACCACCCACUCCUCCCCUUCCCAGUCUGGCCAAAGCUGCCAUGGAUGCGAAGAAAGCACACGCUGCCUCCAGUGCUGCAGUAGCCAAGAACAAGAAGUCUAAAUAUGCCAAGUUCCGGCCUCCUCCGCUUGCAAAUGAGCUCGCCCUUGCGCAGCUCAUGGACGGCGGAAAGUUAGGUGACCACGUCACUCGCUUUGCUGAAGCGCAUGCCAAGGCUGCCGGAGCCGUCAAGGUUGACGGUCAGCUGGUUGGAGUAGGUGACGUCUGGCGUGAUGGUGAAGGUGGAAUCUGGCGUGAUCAGGAUGAGGAGUGGGAGUACGCCCAUCUCCUGGGCGGUGAUGAAGAUUUCUGCAUGGGUGAAGUUCAGUGGGUAGAGUUCAGCUCUGAAGCGGAUAAAGAUGGAGUUCUCGAUGAACGAAGGGAGAGUACGUCGACUCAAGACUCCGACCUCAGCACGCGAUUUGCCAUGAAGACGGAGGGUAACUCUCAAGAUGACCUUGCAGCCUUUGGCGGUGAUCUGGUAUCCACUGUCCGUAUCAAGCCUGGCAUGUCUGUCCUUGCUAUUCCUUCUCGUAGCCGACGCACCGCCAAGCACUUACGCAAGCCUGAAUUCCUCCUCAAUGCCUUCCCUGUUCCACUUACCCCUCCUGGUCUUCCGAGAACCCCUUCUUCCCCGCGAUUCGCCUCUGGUGCCGGUCGCGCCGUUAUUAGACCUAAGGGCAAGGGGCGACGUCGCCCUGCUCCACUGAAGCUCAUGCCUCCUAGUCCUGCGUUCAAGUGCCCGACGAACCCGGAGGAUACUGAGGUUGUACGCAAGGACUUUUUGGAGGAUUCGUUCGCGCCCGAGCCUCAGGUGAUCGCAGCGCCAUAUCCCGAGCAGCAUGGUCGGGCCGGGGUUCCAAUUGCUGUUAAAGCCGCGACCCAGAAGUCGACCGCUUUACAACUCAAAGGCUUCUUCAGGGCUAUGGGGGGAAAGAGGCAGACUGUUGUCACGAAAUCCUAGAUAUUAAUAUAUUAAUGACCUUAAUUAUCUCAAUUGUUUCUCUAUCGUUCUCUCUUGUAGCCUUUAUUUACUGUUCCAUCCGAUGUUGUAUCAAUAUUUCUAUAGUUGUAUCUCUAAUAGCUUGCUUUAUCAGUGUACUGUGUACAGUCUCUCACUGCCUUCGUCGUUAUCUGACUUGUCCUCCUUCGCAUCAAUGUUCACUAUCUUCAUGUUCCUUUGAUCAUGAGUUACUUUCCAGC